AUGGUGACAGAUGUGGGGACUCGGAACGUGGUCCGGCUGUCGAUUUCAUUUAUGCUCUUAUUUUUUGCAUAUAUGAGUCAAGAAUUCAUUCAAGAACCAUUGAUUGAGGCUGAAUAUCGGAGGACUGGGUUGAUUGAUCCACAUGCCGGAUAUCAUAGUUUCGCAAUUCUCUACUUCUUCUUCACCAUCGCCUGCCUCAUAAUAACCCCAAUUGUGGAGAUAAUCACAGCCAAAUGGUCCAUGGUCAUUGGAUUCGUCGCCUAUAUCAUUUUUCAAGCUGGAUUCAUCUGGCUAAACAGCACAUAUUUAUAUGUUACAUCUGCGAUUUUGGGAGUCGGAGCGUCUUUCCUUUGGGUGGGUCAAGGGAAGUAUCUAACAGAGAAUUGCACGGGAAAAACUAUCGAGAGGAAUACGGCACUCACAUGGGUGAUUUUCAAAUUCUCCCUUCUCGGCGGUGGCAUCUUCCUCUACUUUAUGUUCCUCAACACUGGAAUCACAGAGCUAGUGGCCACUGGAGCGUACAAGAUCUUCGUCUACAUUUUCUGCACAAUUUCAUUUUUGGGAUGUCUGAACACUUGUUUCCUCCCGCAAUCCGCCUAUAUUCCAGAGAAAAGGGACCAGGAAUCAAUAAUGCAAACUUUGAGGGCGACAUUCAAAAUCAUGCGACAACCUCCAAUGCUCUUGCUUUCCUUCAUUUUUCUCUACACUGGAUUUUCGAGAUCUUUUUGGAUUGCCAUCUACCCGACAUGCAUAAAAUUCACAACGCGUCUCGGAGAAAACACUUCAAAACUACUCGCAAUCAGUUGUAUCGCCACGGGAAUCGGACAAAUUUUGGCUGGAGGGAUUUUUUCGAUAAUGGGAAAAAAGGCAAGGAUUAUUGGAAAAGAUUGGAUUUGUGUCAUCGCUUGUGCCAUUCAUUUGAGCAUUUUUGUCGCGAUUUGGCUCUUUUUCCCGUCGGAUGCUCCGAUUCAUCCGACUGAUCGAAUUGGAUGGUUUGAACCGAGCGUCCACGUGGCAAUUGGCUGUUCUGGUCUUCUUGGUUUCGGUGAUGCUAUCAUCCAGACCCAAGUCUACUCGUAUCUCUGUGAUGGCUACUCGGAGGAAUCGUCCCAUGCAUUUGCCCUGUUCAAAUUUUACAGUGCCAUCGCUUCUACGAUAGCAUUCUUCAUCUCAAAAUACUUCACACUGACUGGCCAUUUAACGCUUUAUGGAACAUUUGCGAUUUUGUCUGGAAUUACAGCAGUGAUUGCUCAGAAAAUGUAUUUCCAUAAAAAGGAACAUUUCUUUCAAGAAAACACCGAUAAAAUCCACGCCAUGACGACAUCUGAACCGAUCAAAAUCGAAAUUUCCGAUUCGGGAUCGACGAUUCUUUCGAACGACGCGAAUUCGAAAAAAUAA